UUUUUUUACACUGAUUGCUUUUACACCCAUGAAGGCUGUAAAAGCAAUCAUUUCUCCUCUCUGGCUGCAUUCCUGCAGCCAUUGAGAAAUACCCUUUCACAUGGUACAAGGUUGUGAUCAUUCACAGAUUUCACAAGUAGUAAGCAAUGAUGUCAGGAAGUGACAUCUUGCUUACUACUGUUCAUGUGAUCACUGAUUGACCAAUCAGUGAUCACAUGAUCAGGACCUCACACAAAGGUCUGGUACAGCGAUCGGUGUUCCGCUGUGUCC